AUGGUUUGCCCAGCCGGUAGUGCGGCAGCCACGUCGGCUGUGGUCGGCCAUCUUCGCGACGGCGACCCAAGCACGGUGCUGCGACUCUUCUCCUUUACCCGAGGCGAGAUGGGCGAACUGAUCGACGAGGUUGUGACCCCAGAGGCGUGCAGCGUGGUAUGGUUAGGAAAUCGACACCUUGCGCUGGACGUGCGCCGAUCCAGUGAAUGCGCCCAUAGCGAGGCAGCCACUUCGUCCUCGUCCUCUUCACUGUUGUCGGCUCCUGCGACAUCUACCAUCUUGAUUGAAGUCACCAAGGCACCGGAGAAGCUGAAAUAUGUGCGGCAGGACCAGGCGGCGGCGUCGCCAGUGUCUGUCCUGGGGUCCGUUCUGUGCGAAAUACGGGUCGUCAAGCAGAGCCUUCGCUUCUGGGACUUGCAGAGGGAAAAGGUGAUGCACGAGUGCGUAUUGCCGAACCGCCGCCCCCGUCAGGGUAAGACCCGCGUGGCGGCCGCAGCGUGCAGCGACGGUCCGUUUGUGUUUGUGGUGAACGAUGACUGGACGGUGCAUGGCUUUCACGUGAGCAGGCGCUCCGUGCGAGAGCUGAAGCCGAUGCUGUCACAGUUCGAGUCGCAAUCAGUUAACGUCGCCAACAACCGCGGCGGAAACGCGAAGGUGAGCAAGGCGAACAGCAAGGGGCAGGAGGUUACGGAGGCAGGAGAAGGGGAGGCGCCUCCUAUGUCGUCCCCGCCUGCCAAGAGCUCGGCACUCGCCCACAAACUCGCGCGUCCACGCCUCUUCGCCCAUGCAAUCAGCGACAAGCAAGUGCUCCUGGCCCUCCAGGGAUCCUCGACUAUUUUGCAGUGCGCCUGCGAGCCCAAAGGCAGCCGCGAUGAUGAAUGGACUGUGGUCGCCAAGAUGCGUUUGCCGCAGCAGCUGCAGGCGACGUGCGAGGUGGUCGGACUCUCCCCUCGAGGGUGUCUCGUCCGUCAGUACGAACUAGCAGAGAGCAGCGCGCAGAGCUCGACAACGGCCGCCUCGUCAGACGCACGGACGGGGGCGUCUGCAAAGGGCCAGAAGACUGUCGCGUACUUUGUGGUACCCCUGGAAAUGAAAGCGACGGGCAAGGCCUCGGUGGAGGUGGCCCCGCUCCCACCGGCGGCGACUGCUGUUCGUGGCAGCUCAGGUACUGCGAAAAGCAGCGCUGCGGCGCCGAGGGCGAACACUGCAGGUACAACGAACGGGGAGACGGUGAUGAUAUCGGAGGUGGCCUCAGAGGCGUCGCGGACGAAGGGGAAGCGAAAGUGCAAGAAGUCUGCCGCCCCCGAGGCCGCCGCAGUGAGCGGUGACGCAUCGGCGUCCGAAACAUCCCCGGCGGCCACUUCUUCAAGUCCCAAUGGCACAGGCAAUGAGCAGGGUGGCGUCAGUGACCACGGCAACGCAGGCAGUCCCUUGCAGUGCGCCGUUAGAAGGUUGCUUGUGCAUGCUGGCAUCGCUGGAAAGGACCAGUUCCACGGUACCUUUGCAAAAGACUCUGCAAAGGAUGUUGCCAACACCGCCGCCGCGGCUGCCGCUGCUCCUCCGAAACGCGGACGCGAAUGGUAUUCUACUGAUGUGCUGAUGAGCGCGGGAGGUGUGGUGGUGGGUGUUGUCUUGGGUAUGGUGUUGAUGCGUCGUCUCUCACUCCUAUAG